ACGAGCUUUACGUCAAACGUUAGCAGAGUCCGAUUUAAAAUAUUAAGAAAAUUUUAGAUUAAUUCCUCGUAGUUUGGAUAAUAUAUCAUCACUUUUACUCACUUGGAUUAUUCGCGUCAUACUCAGGUCAAUGAAAAUGCCUGUGGUGAAGUACCAGAAAGGGGACAAGGUGAUGGGCCGCUGGCCCGGCAGCAACCUGUACUAUGAGGUCAAGGUGCUGAGCUUUGACACCACCAGUCAGCUCUACACUGUCAUCUACAAGGACGGUACUGAGCUGGAGCUCAAGGAGCAAGACAUCAAGAGUGCUGCUGGUUUCCAGACCCGAUCCAGGUCUCGCUCUCGUUCUCGAUCACCAGGCCGUCGUCGUAGCCGGUCACGCUCCCCAGCAAGGACAACGCGCCGCUCGUCCUCUCGUACAGCCGCGGCUGUCGCUGCUGCAGCCAUAACAGACAGCGUGCCAUCCUCUCAUAGGGAAACAAGGCUGAAGGAUAAUUUGGAAGUCAGGCUCAGCCCCCUGCAACAGACAGAGGCAACCGAGAACAAUAGCAACAAUAAACAUGAAAAGCAAGAGGAGAAACAAAAAGAGGAGAAUAACACGGCUAACAAAGUGAAUGAGGUGGACGCAGAGCCUGAGAAGAACCAGGGCCGUUAUAAUCUACGUCGCAGGAAGGAUGACGGAGCUGCCAAAGAAGUCGCAGUCAAACAAGAGCAGCUGGAGGAGGAGGCCAAGAAGGCUGCAGCUCCUGCUGCCGCCCUCUCCACCCCACUUGACUUCGGAGGGAAGAUAGGAGCCUACUUCUGGCUGCUCUUUCUGCCGGCCUGGGUUCUCUUCCUGGUGCUCCAAGUCAGUCAGGGGGACCCCAGCCUGGUCAACUUUCCCCCUCCUCUGCCCCCUCUUGAAGACUUCUGGGAUACCCAGGCCCUUGGCUUUGUCAUCCUCUGGAUUGUGUUCCAGGCUGUGCUCUACAUCCUGCCUGUUGGAAAGUUGAGCGAGGGCAUGCUGCUGAGGUCUGGGGAGAGGCUGAAGUACAGAACCAAUGGUUUCUUUGCCAUCGUGGUGAGUGCUGUAGCAGUGGCAGUAGCGGUGCACCAGGGUGUUGACCUCACCUACAUCCACAGUCACUUCCUGCAGCUAGCCGUGGCCACCUUCCUCAUCUCCGUCCUACUGAGCAUCUACCUGUAUGUCCGCUCUCGCUACGCUCCCACAGAGAAGCUGGCACUGGGGGGAAACUCUGGAAAUGUGGUUUAUGACUUUUUCAAAGGACGUGAACUGAAUCCUCGCAUAAAAGACUUUGACCUGAAAUUCUUCUGUGAGAUGCGCCCUGGACUGAUAGGCUGGUGUUUGAUCAACUUUGCGAUGGCGCUGGCUGAGAUGAAGAAGCACGAUCUGGACGCUCCAUCAAACAGCAUGAUCCUCGUGAACCUCUUCCAGCUGCUCUACGUGAUGGACGGCCUCUGGAACGAGGAGGCCAUCCUGACCACCAUGGACUUGAUGCACGACGGCUUCGGCUUCAUGUUGGCUUUCGGUGAUCUGGUGUGGGUUCCCUUUACUUACACCAUGCAGGCUUAUUACUUGGUCAUCCACCCCAACCCCCUGAGCCUCCCAGCCGUUACAGCCAUCCUCAUACUCAAAUUUGUCGGCUUCUACAUCUUCAGGAAAUCCAACUCUGAGAAGAACGCGUUCAGGAGAAACCCAUCAGACCCAAAUCUCUCUUACCUGAAGACGAUCCCCACAGCUACAGGGAAGAGUCUCCUGGUCUCUGGCUGGUGGGGUGUGGUCCGCCACCCUAACUACCUGGGAGACCUCAUCAUGGCUCUGGCCUGGUCCCUACCCUGUGGCUUCAGCCACCUGCUGCCGUGGUACUACAUGAUCUACUUCAUCAUUCUGCUCGUGCACCGAGACUCGCGCGACAUGAGCGAGUGCAGGAGGAAGUACGGGUCGGCGUGGGACGAGUACUGCCGGACUGUUCGCUACCGGAUCAUUCCCCGUGUCUACUGAGGAACCUGACGCUGGACGCUCGAGCUGAGGCCUUUUUUUAUUUUUUUCACCCAGUAUCAUGGCUGUGAAGGCUCGCAAAAAAAACAAAACAAAAAAAGCAAAUGCGUACGGAUUGACUGAAUUGACUUUUUUAUUGUUUAAACCAAGAAUCUUUAAAACGGUCUGGAUUUCUGGACUGAAGAAGCUACAAGUUUUAGAUGGAAGAAAAAGACUCUCAUUGUAAUUAUGGACUGUUUCAAGAAUUUUUACACAAACAAUACCUUUAUAAGAAAUAAAUAAAUAAAAAAGCUCUUAAAUCUUAAAAAAUGGGGAAAACAAAAUAAACGCCUCCGCUAGGAAUGUCUUGUUAAGAUGUAUAUUAUUGUACAUACACAUUUGUUUUGAUACUUAAAGAAUAAUGCACCCCUUGCAUACUUUCUGCUAAGUUUUAUUCUUUGCUCCCAUAUUCAGAAUUACAAUAUCAUUUUGGCCAUAAUGAAUAAUUGUAAGUACACCUUCCUACUAUAAUUUCCAGCUUGUGCAUGUUGUGAAGGAUGCUACGUUUCUUUUUUUAAUUUUUAUUUUCAGUACGCUGGAAAGUAGGACUCAUGUUCUUUCUCAGGACCCAGAAUUUUGUAAGAAAGUUGAAUUAGAAAAGUUUUGUCUUAAUAUUUUUUUGUAUAGUUUUUAUAGAUAUCUAGUUUUGACUUGAGAGUGUAAAAUUAUUUUCAGAGGUUUCAAGAAAAAUGCACUAAUGCGUGAAGGCAUUUUUAUUUUAUUAUUAUUUUUUAUCAGUUCCAAAGUGUAUUUGAUUUGGCUUUGCUACCUCAGGUUCACCCACUGUCCACUUCUCCUCUCCUCCGCGUCCUCUGGUCUCAGGCAGUGUGUGUAAUUGUGGGUGUGACGUCACUGCCGAAGAGAGGAAAAUGAGUUAGACUUGUUUAUCAUUUCACCGAAAAUGUGACCAUCCGUUAUCCACAUCCACAGAUGUGUGACGCUUUUAAAAUGAAAUCCCCCCCAACUACUUUUAUUUUUGUCUUAUUUUUGUCGCAUUGAUGAAACCAUCUGUAUCUCGUCCUGCUAGUUUCUGGAGCGUACUCUCUCUUUCUCUCUCUAUCUAUCAUGAACUGGUUGUUGAUUUCCCGCCACUGCCACAUGAAUUUGAUUUUUACUUAUUUAAGCUUUAACUACCCAGCUCAUAUGAAACACACCGUUUUAAUGAAGUUUAGACUGUGACAACAUGCAGAUCUGUGGACUGUGUUUGCUUUUAUAACCUGUGCAUUUGCGAGCCCAAAAAAAAUAUUUUUCUGCCUGUGCAGCUGUAGAUGAGUACAUACAUAGCAAUACAGUUUCUAUAUUUAGGUAGCAUUUUUUUAUGCUGUGCUGACCGAAUACUCUGUAAAUAUAUAUUUUUUAAUCAUGUUAAUUUGAGUAAAAAGAGGUGAAAGUAGUGAUGUUUCUCAGUAGCUAUUUAAUGUUGCUCUUUAUUUUAAUUUUUUUUUUAAGUUAACUACUCAUUUUGACCACUGUAGUUAUGUUUACACCUAGAUUUGCCAUGUUUCUGGGCAGUUCUUCAAAAUGUAUUAAAAACAUGUAUAAUGGUCUGCCACUCUCAUUUCCUGACCAGAGGGAGAAAAAAAAUACUUCAGUUGCCACCAUCCUGUUGAACCCAGGACUCAUUAUGGUGAUGGGGAUACUUUUAAUAUUAUGGUGGUGACCUUCUCUCCGGGGGUUUGGCUGUGAGUCUGUGAGUGGAGAGCAAUAAUAAAAGUUGGAUGUAUUUUUGAUAUAUGACAACAGUGAAUGAGAAGUUUUAAGCUCCAUCGGGUUCAGUGAAGAUUAAUCAAAUCAGCAGCAGUGGCUGGAAAAAAAAAAGCUUAUCUGUACAAAUGUUGCAGCAUAAAAUAAAGAUUUACAGUAUUUCCUU